AUGAUUAACUCUCAUGAAAACCCCAAACAUUUCCUUUCGUCUCCAAUGGGUCCACAUCUGAAAGAUUUUAUGUGGCUUAAAGAGUCUUUUGAUAAGAAAUUUGAUGGCAGCGACUUCAAUAGGAAAAUUUAUAGUCCAAGAACCCUAAAGAAGAGGCACGAAAGAAAAAUUGCGAUAAUAAGUGAAAGUAAACUCAGCAGAGCUCAAAGCAAGUCUCCUUCUCAGGAUCUGCAAACCUUGCCAACUGAAUUUUCUCCGACCUGUGAAAACCCGUCAAUAAAGACAAUUAUAGAUAAAACUGAAGUCUCCAAAAAAAUCAAUCAAAAAAGUUUGGAAAUGUCUAUGAGGGUUUCAAAAGACUACAGCACAGACAACAAAAUACGCAACAUUUUCGUAACAAAUAUGUAGAGACGUGCAAAGCAGAAUUUUCCAAAAGGUCGAAGAGAAAAAUCGCAGGUUUUUAAUAAGACUCCGAUAAUUAAGAACAAAAAGAGGACAAAAAGCAUUCCAGUGGACUCAGCCUAUAAUUUGAAAGAAGCUUCACUGAUUAUGGGAGAACUCAGAGAAAUAAAGGAGCCAGAGCUCUGGAAAAACGUUGUAGAUGCUUUGAGAAGCCAACCUAAUAUUUUAUUAGAGCUUAUUCCAAUAAAGCAAGCUCCAAAAGUGAGCCUAAGAAAGACAACAAAACUGUCAUUGACCCCGAAACACGUAUAUUCCUCAAGACCAACCACAAAACUUUCAUGCAAAACUCCAAAAAGUGAAACAAAGCAGAAAUCUCCAAUUGAUAAUAGGCUAUUUAGAAGAAGGUCAAGUGCACUUUCAACUGAAGAUAACUCAAAUAUUGACGAGCAAGUAGAAACUUUGGCUGAUGUUGGAUCAGGAUCCUUAACAGAUGAUUGGGCUAAAUCACUACUGAAUUUUGAAGUAAAAAAUGAAGUCCCAAGCGAGUUUUCAGAAGAAAGCAUCAAAGAAGCAAUUCAAAGCUUGCCAAAUGAGCAAAGCCAGCUGGAAGAAGUAUAUGAGAGUUCACUGAAAACAUUGGAGAAAUUGUUAACUUCAAUGCUUGGGACUCAAGAUGAUAUUAAAAAUUUUCGAGAACGAUUCAGCUCAAAAACACCUUACAAUAUAAGGGCAUUAUUAAGUAAAUGCUUAGAAAUUUUUCAAGUCAGGAAGAUCACUAUAGAUAUUCUUAAAAUCAUUCACCGCAGAGAAAAUCUUCUCAAAAGCCUUAAAAGGCUCCUUGAUAACGAAAAUCUUAAAACAAAAGUAAUGGAAAUCCUGGUUAUUAGUAAAGAGCUUCGAGAAAAAAUCAAGUCUUGGAAGGAAAAUCAAAGCAACCCAUUUUCUACGUUCAUAUAUAAAGGAAAAGACUACCUUACUAAAAUGUCAGAAGAUUUCGUGAAGCUCCAGCUAAUGACAGUACCGUUGUAA